AACCAGUUGGGUCCCUCCCAAUUCAACUCUCGAAAAAAGUUGAAUAGCUUUAUGGAUUCCCCGAUAAUCAUGGCGUCCGUGUCCCUCACUCUCAAGAAUUUGAAUAUUUUUUAUAGCCAUUACUCGCCUCUCCACCACCACCACAGAAAUCUCCAUCUCCAGACCCGGCUGCAGCGUCGACUAUGGCGGAGGACCACGGCGGCGAGGAGUUUCUAUUCAAGAUCGUGCUAAUCGGCGACUCCGCGGUGGGGAAGUCGAAUCUCCUCUCGCGAUUCGCUCGGAAUGAGUUCGAUAGCAACUCCAAGGCCACGAUCGGCGUCGAGUUCCAGACGCAGGUGGUGGAAAUCGACGGCAAAGAGGUCAAGGCUCAGAUCUGGGACACCGCCGGCCAGGAGCGGUUUCGGGCCGUCACUUCCGCCUACUACCGCGGCGCCGCCGCCGCGCUUGUCGUCUACGAUAUCACCCGCCGGAGUACCUUCGACAGCGUCAAGCGCUGGCUCGAUGAGCUCGGCGUUCAUUGCGAUACGGCGACGGUGAGGAUGUUGGUAGGAAACAAGUGCGAUCUGGAGAACAUAAGGGAAGUGAGCGUGGAGGAAGGGAAGAAUGUAGCAGAAGAGGAAGGUCUGUUCUUCAUGGAGACCUCUGCUCUGGAUUCCACCAACGUAAGAACAGCCUUUGAGGUGGUUAUUAAGGAGAUUUACAACAAUUUGAGCAGAAAAAUUCUCAACUCUGAUUCUUACAAGGCUGAGCUCUCUGAAAAUCGAGUGAGUUUGGCUGAUGGAACUGUCUCCAAAAACAGCUUCUCUUGUUGUUCUAGAUAAGUUUUAUUGUUCUCUCUCUCUCUCUCUUCUUUUUGUUCUGUUUUCUAUAGAGAGAACCAUUCUUUUGGGGUUCUGAUCAUUAAUCAAUAGAGCCCUCAUGUUGGGUUCUACAAAAUAUGAAUGCUGUUCCAAGUUUUUUGGAGCUUUAUAGGAUAUAUUUGAAAUUGAAAUGUUACCGUUAACCCAAAUUGUAUGGAAAUUUUCAUUUUUUCUGUA